AUGCGGUCCGGUCCUCCUGUAUUAACCGGCAGGGAGAAAACCGUGAAGAAACCGCUGAAGCGGUUAAAAACUGGCCGUCUCACUCUCACUGUCUCUUACUCAGUUACUCUCACACCCUACCCUAGCCCUCUGAAGCAUUCGAAAACCCCAGCCCAGACGCCACCGCCAUCGCCGGGGUUUGCAGGUCGUGACCGCCACCACCGUCGCGUGGUCUCUUCCCCAGUUCGCCCGUUCAUUCAUCUCAGCCUAGCCCCUUCUGAAGCAUUCCCAGGCUCCCAGCGUCCCCGUGGUCCUCAGGCUGCCAUCGCCGUCGCCUGCUCCUCAGCACCGCCGCUUCGUCUUCGCUGGCCUCUCCCUUCGUCGUCGCUGGUCUUCGCUUCGUCAGCACCCAGUUUUUCCGGUUGAACCACCGGUUGGACCGGUUAGACCAGUGAACCAGUAAACCGGUGACUACAGCGGUUUGAUGACCGGUCCGGUUUUCUGAACCUUGGGGA